CCUCAUAGGUUAUUCUUAUUGCGGGACUCUAGAGACAUGGCCGGGAAACAGUGAAAUCUAACAGUGAAUUGAGUGGCGAAGCGAGGCAGCCUUUGACUAGACAAACUAUUCAGGUUCCCAGCAUUGAUGUCGUUCCCUGGAGCUGAGACAUUGAUGAAUCGGACUUCGCGUUCAUUGGACUUUGUGGCUUGGCUGGAGUCCCGCAUCCUGUUAUUUCUGGUCUGAACUGGUUGCUUCUUCCGUGUGUUUCCAGCUGGCUGAAACUCAGCCCAGUUAACGUGCAACACUGCACAGUCCAAUGCAGAGGCGGCUGAGCAUCAGCUGCUAUAAAAGCCAGCUGCACAAUAAACGAUUCAGUUUGUCUGUUGCUGGUGCAAAGGGAACUUUCUGCUCAAAGACGGCGCUGCAGUCACUGCUUCAGUGACUCCUUUUCUGUGUGUAUCCCCCGACAAGUGAUCAGACCACUCGAAUCGCUGGGUGAAUCCUUCAGGCCCAGCUCUCAUCCUUCUGUCGCCAUGGCAUCUGUUCCUUCAGCUGGCUGUUUGCUUGCAGCACGGAAUCAGUAUUAUAGAACCCGUCAUCCCCCGUCAGGUGUGGCCUCCAAUGGUUCCUGCUGUUUGGAAAAUGCCAUGGAGCAUGAAAAACCUCAUCAAGGAUUUCUUCUUACGCUGGAGAAAUGUUUGUGGUUAAAGAACUUUCUGAACUGCGAGACUGCUCAUCAUCCUGUUAACACUGAGCUAUCUGCAGGAAGUGGUCAUCGUUGAAUAGGGAUGUUUCUUGGACAUUUGGUUUCAUUGAAUUAAAUCUUAAUCUACAAUAUUUGGUACUAUGUUGCUAUUGGCUCAGGGAAUUGGCUGCAGUUUACAGGGAACAAUCUUGAACUGCAAUGAAAUAACCUACGCCCAUCUCGAGAAGCAAAUGGUGUUUCCAUCAACAGUGUUGCUACUUAAUAAUUCUUCAACUGACCAAGGUGAUUUACCAAUGAGCACAUCAAUAAUCUCAAAAAAUGUUUAGAUUUGGAGAAGGGGAAGACUAAUUUCAAAAACUGAAGGUGGUGUUUUGGAUUAAAUGAAAUAUGUUUUCAAAAAUUGGCUCAAUUCAGGAUAAUUCCUGUGUAAUUGUAGAAACAAAUGUUGAUAUGAUUCAGGUAUUGGGUGAUGCCUCCACGUAGAAGUGUACUGGCAGUGUCUUUCACAUUAUUUGGAUUUGAUAUUUAUUCUUUUAUUUUCUGUAUACUAUUCCUAUAUUAAGCAUUAACUGUUCUUGAGUUGCCAAGUAAUUGGCAUGCUGCUGAAUGAAGAUGACCAUGGCCCAUCAUGUUUUAGAAAACUCAUAUUUGUUUUACCAUGCAGUGGAACCAUAAAGCAGAGUGGAAAUUGUUUGAAAUAAUGUAAAGUAAUAAUUAUUGCAAUAUUUUUAUGCCACAAGUCAGAGGGAGAUACAAUUCUGUUAAUUUUAGUGAAAAAGUUGGCAUGAAUGCAAAGUGAGAAAUUUUGUUUUGUACAUUUUUUUUUUCAAUGCGAAUAAUUUCAACCCUAAGAUGUUUACUUUCUUGGAUAUUGGUAGACUAGAUUUCAAAAUUCAGAAUGUAAAAGUCUGAGCAAAGUUCCUCUUUUUGUACAUGCUUGAAGUUUAAAUCUAUGCACAUCAGUUGUCCAUUGGGGGUUACUUUAGUGGGGACAGAAAGCUAACGGUAUUGGAAUGGAAAAUGGGGUGUAUCAUGGAGGGCUGAUCUCGUACUGUUCGUGUUACACCCCCACUGAAAUUGAAUGUUACCCCAUUGUCAUUCUCAGAAUACAAGAACGACAGUCUGUGUUGGGGAUAUAUCUGUGGGGGGGAGAAAACUACAGCUUCGGGGCUCCCAAUGAGGAGCAUCACCCCAAUUAAUGGAAGGAAAAUCUGUGGAAGUCAGUGCUGCUGAAUUCUUGAUACAUACCCCAGUGCAGCAACCUCUUCUAAAGGAGCAUUAAAUCAUGAAAUUUACCUGCUUAUGUGAUUCUGUACUGAAAUAAUUGUGUAGCUAUUUUUAAUAUCUUUUUAAUAAUAAAUUAGAAUUUUUUUUACCAA